GCAAUUCUAUCCCCUCAACCAUUCAGUUGUCCGAUCAUCAUACGGGAAUCAACCAUGCAUACCCUACGAGUGGACUGGCGGGCCUGGCGCGAUUGGGUUUUGGAGUGGAUUCAUGCCCGUGGCUCUGGUGUUGAAGGAUCCACCGAAGUUCCAAGUGACCGUCAAUGAUACCGCGCCGAUAUUUUAUUACUGCUCAGCGCCUGGCGCAUGCUUCCAGGGAAUGGUUGGAGUCAUCAAUCCGAAUGCAACGCAAACAUUCGCGGCCCAAAUGUCAUUUGCUCUAAAUUCAACAGCAGAAUUUAGUCCUGGAGAAUCUUUCCUGCCAGAAACUCUGCAGUCUAGCUUUUCGAGAACAACGACAUACACGGGAGCAACCGCGGCACCAACAGCUCCUGCUGCUACGACAAGUUCGACAACCCCCGCGCCCUCCACAAAAUCCUCCUCGUUCCCAACUGGAGCAAUCGUUGGAAUCGCAAUUGGAGGCUUUGCUCUUCUCGUUCUAGCCGCCGCCCUCCUUUACAUGUGCGGACGGCAAAAGACCAUCCAGGAAAUCUUGCGGCAAUCGCAACUCCCAGCACCCACCCAGAACUCCUACCAACCCACCUCCCCCGGUUUGUCAGAGGCCAAUUAUCCAAACAUGCAGAAGGAGCCGAGUAUGGCAGUUUCCAGAGACGGGCAUUUCAGCACACAGAGUUUGGCUCCACCGACGGAAAGGAGCAUGAGCCCGCCAGUCGAUGAAAGGACGGGUAUGAUGGGCAUGCACCCACUGCACGCUGGCUCACAAGGAUACCCAAGUCCAGGUCUGAUGAGUCCGAAUAGUCCUGGGUAUCCGAGUCCAGUGUACUCUGAUAAUCUACGACAUGGGAUGGCAGACGUGAGGUGAGAUUAGAAAUGCCCCACUCCACUAUUCUCCACUAUUCUCAGCCCUACGGAUCUCAAAUUCGCCACGACACAGCUUGACCCUUCAAUCCAAACGACACAGGCCCCCACGAACUCGCCGUCCCGACACCGAAUACCUCGCCACAUGAACGCAACGAGCAUCGGCCCUUCUCGUACACAGAUAGUGAGAGCGGCUACGCGCGAGCACCGUUAUCACCUGGAAAGUCCGAGACUGGUACAUAUUGAGCGCCGCCCUUAAACCUUCUGUUGUCAUAUCAUUCAAGUUGUGAGAGGGAGGCUCAGCCUUGCGAGGGGCUGCAAGGGAAAUCCCUCGGGUAUUCGAA